UACCGUAAUCUUGAUUGUUGUGGAUUUGCUGAACGGCCAGCUUGUUUGUGAUAGAAUUUAUACUGUAGAUAUUUCUCAGCGUCUCCAGAUCUUCUGGAGGAGUUAACAAGCCACACUGCCUACCUUGCUCUCGAGCGAAGAGAAGUUCAAACUGUGGAUCACCCUUUGCCCUUCGCUUUUUGCUCAACGUACGUCUACACACAGACGUCUUGACAGUGCUGAAAUUGAUUUUUUUUACAUUCGGUUGAGGUGAGCUGAAUGGGCAUGGAGGAGCAAGAUGGUGACCGUGAUCGCAGUCCGUUUGCGUUUCCAAUCUUGGUGGCUGAGUUCUCAGCGUAUCAUUUAGUUGAGGCGUAUCGCAAUGGACCUGACUCGGAAGCCAUGUCGUUUUACAGCACUAUGUUAGAAGGCUGCUGGGAUCGCGUUCCUGAAGACCACCAGGAGCUGCAGGCGAUCAAUGUCCAGCUUGCACACCUGUGCCUGCUGUUACACAACGGCGGCCGGCUGCUGAAGAAGCCGGGUGUGCGCUGCGAGGACGUCGACGCGAUGCUGCAGCCGUGGCUGGAGGCACACCAGGUGGUGCUGGAGAUGAUCAAAAGCGACUCCACACGCGCUGCUUCUCUCAACCACCCACUGACGGUGCUGCACAUCCAAGUCCUGCUGCAGGCUGCGUGGGUAUGUGUGGUACACGAUGGGUUGGAUACAGCCGAGGACAUACUCAGUGAGAUAGCAGCAUCAGACCUGGAAGAAUGCUGGAGCUUGCAGGGCAGUCUAGAGCGGUGUCUACACCUGAAGAAAGGAGGACGCGACGAGGCUUGCCAGCGCUUAAUGAGUUCCGUGGGUGCGUCUUUCUCUGGAAGCCAGUUCCGGGAACGCGUGUCUCCUACCCUCGCUGACAUGGUCGGCCAUGGAUCAACACCGUUUUUAGUGAACAUCUUGGACGCCUGGGGUCAUUCUAGUGGGAAUAAGCCAGCGUGCAACUGCCGAUCUCUACAGUUGCUUUCUGACUUGGUAGCUAACUCAAGCAAGCAGCCGGACAGUGACAGGACAGAGCCAGUGCAGCCAGUGCAGCCGAUGGCGUCUGCAGAAGAGUCCCUGUCGGCCUCUGACGGCGAGCGCCACGCCAGCGGUUCGCUGCGCAGCGCCUCACCAGCGUGCUCUGUGAGGAGCCAGCGGCGUCUCUCUUCCGGCAGCAAGCACUGCACGCAAGGUGUUUCCAGUAGCGUGACCAGGAGCUCGCCGCGCAAGGUCUUAUCGGAACAGAGUGCGGAGGACGACGACACGCCAACGGUGGCAUCGAAAGCGGCGAAAGCAGCGAACACAGCUAGCUCAGUAACCCGCGAUCUAGCCCCGUUACAGCGUGCGCUCAAAGCCGUCAGAGCAACUAGAUUCAAGUCAUCAGAGGUGACGACGGCAGCAACAGCGACCGCAGCAGCAGCAACGUCUUCAACACAGGCUGGCCAGAAGACAGUGGGCGAAUCCAGCCGCAUCGUCUCCACUACAGAUUCCAGUAUGGACGAGUCGGGCAGAGAUCAAGAAGCAUCUUCGGCGGCAACACCAUUGGCCUCACCUCGCAAGACACGCUCCACCGGUGCCUCCAAGUCAGAAAGCAGUCGGUAUGCAGUUUACGAUUUCCCUGGGUCUCGCUCUGCGGACGAUGCAGUUCACUCGGGUGCUAACAACAGGGAUGGCGAUGACGACAGCGACAUGUUGCCUGCACGAAAGAGACGACGUAAGGACUGGCAAGAAGACAAUACGAGCGCAAGCAGCUCCACAUCAUCGACAACGACGCGAAGUACAGCAGCGGCGGCACCAGCGGUGACAUCGGAUUCUGCCAAGGCUGCCUCCAGUCCCGCAAGCACUCAGCCGACACUCUCAACUCGGCUCAAGAUGAAGAGACGAAAGGGAAUAUCGAGACACGACAGUACCGAAGCCCCCGGUGUUGCUGAGCAGUGGUCAAGCUCUGACAGUGAUGUUGACAUGCAGCUCGAAGACUAUGCCAAGCGACAGCCACGCCGUCGGUUCAAAUGGACGCCUGAAGAAGAGAAGGCGCUCAAGUCGGGCGUGCAGAAGUUCGGCGAGGGCUCCUGGAACGUCAUCCAGUCGUCGUACAGGACGCUGCGGGGCCGGUCCGGAGUGGACCUGAAGGACAAGUGGCGUAACUUGAAGAAGAAGAAAGACGGCUCACUCUAGUCUGCGAAGUGACGGUGUGCAAACAAGGAACACACUUGUGUUGUGUUGCUUCUCGUAGCCUCAACGUUUGUAUGUGUAUUGGUGGAUGAGGCGGCGGUGGUGGUGGUGGCAGUGGCAAUGUGUGCUGUUAUUGUGCCUACCAGCCUGUUCCGAAUGCUCUCAGCUUGCUGCCAGGAUGUAUUCACAGGCUUGCUUUAUUCUGCCGUGUGUGCGCGCGCGCGCGCGUGUGUGUGUGUGUGUGUGUGUGUGUGUGUGUGUGGCACACUUGUUGCUAUGCUGUUUGUUGCGGCGGCAGUGGUGGCGGUGGGGAGUGUUUAGGUGGAAACCACCACACUCUACUGUUCUUGCGUAUUGGCUUGCAGCCCGCUGCCUGGGUGCAGUGUGCUAAUGGUAUGCACUUUGUCUUGCUUUAUUAUACUCGUCAUGUACGUAUACUCAUCAUAUACGUAUUCUCAUCAUAUACAGCAGUUAUUUGAACUUGUACACAGCCACUACCUUAGAGCUACAGAUAAGUGUGGCGAAGAAGUCCUUGUACAAUGUGUUUUAGCUUUUACCCAGAUAUAUAAUAUCUAUCUCUUGGCACAGGUGACAUGUGUUCAUACACUCUCUCUCUCUCUCUCUCUCUCUCUCUCUCUCUCUCUCUCUCUCUCUCUCUCUCUCUCUCUCUCUCUCUCUCUCUCUCUCUCUCUCUCUCUCUCUCUCUCUCUCUCUCUCUCUGUUCUUUUACCAGUUUUAGUGCAUGCAUUAGGUCAGAACUUAGCACAACCGUGUUAGUUAGUAUCCGCUAACUGAGCGUCGUACAGUAGUACUUGGAGCACUCGCAGUUCAGCUGUGUUCAUUUCUUUUCUCUGCUGCUGUUGUGCCAGUCAAUUUUGAAAACCCCUGCUUUGCUGGUAUUCACGUCUACAGACUAUACUGCACUAUCAGAGUAUCAGUAUCAGAGCGCUGCUGUUGUGUGCAGGAGUGCUACAGAUCUGUAAGAAUGAAUGUACCACUUUUUGUGUUGUGUCCGAAUGCUUCUUCUUUCUUUUCUUUUUUUAGAGUUGCGUGCCUGUCUUUCUGCCAGGCAUCCGCUACCUUCUCAGUCAUGACUCACUGGCCUCUGUAUUUCCAAACAUGCAGCACACUGGUGGCAACUGAAAUCUGA